CCCCCGCCCUUCAAAAAGUGCCAGAAAGUUAUGUUCGAGAAAUAACGCUAAUAGCGCCUCCCGUCCUAUAUGCUCUUAGGAUCGUAUUCAAUUGAAUCGAUUUCCAUAAAAAUUGAAUCGUAUCGUAAUGAGCAUCACAAAUUAGAAAGAUAUAGUGCUCAAAUAUAGAGUGUAUGAACUAUGAUAUAGUGAUUGUGCAUCCCUAAUUUCAUUGUCACGUUUGUUUGCCAAGUGUAAAUUAAAAUUACCUGUGUUUAAUUAAAGAUACGAGCGUAUUAAUCCCGUAAUAAACUGUGCCCAGAUAACUGCUGUGUUUAUUCACGUAGCCCUCGUAUGUCUGUACGUGCAUUACCUCUUUCGACAAGUGGUCUCGAAGGGACUGUGUUAUUCAAUUCACUUUUGUGCCAUAUUUUGCAUUGUGUUGGCAAUGGUUGAUAGCGCCGGAGACUCCGACGUAUCGUGGGUCAUGUACAGGGACAGGCCGGAAUGGAAAGAUUUGAUUCCAUGUCCAGAAAACGACGGUCCAAAUCCUGUUGUGGUUAUUGCGCAUUCGGAAAAAUUUGAAGAUGUGUAUGACUACUUCCGAGCUAUACUGCGGAAGAAUGAGAUGUCAGAGAGGGCUCUGCAUCUUACUACAGAUGCCCUAGAGCUCAAUCCAGCUAAUUACACUGUUUGGCAGUACAGGAGAGAUCUGCUGAGAGAGCUUAACAUAGAUUUAAGAAUGGAGCUCGACUAUGUAGAAAAUGUUAUAAAACAAUCAUCUAAGAACUACCAAGUGUGGCAUCAUCGAAGAGUUGUAGUGGAUUGGCUGCAAGAUCCAUCCCGUGAAUUGGAGUUAACAGGAGAUGCACUCAUUCAAGAUCCUAAGAACUAUCACGCUUGGCAACAUCGUCAAUGGGCCAUCAAAACAUUUUUUCUCUACGACAAGGAAAUGUCUUUUGUUGAAGAAUUGAUAAACGAAGACGUUAGAAACAACUCGGCGUGGAAUCAGCGAUACUUCUUGAUGAACAACCACGACGGCUGGAGCGACCUUAAUGUUCAAAGAGAAAUAUGCUAUACACUAGGGAAGAUUAAGUUUGUAAAAAAUAAUGAAAGUGCAUGGAACUAUUUAAGAGGAGUCCUAUUUCACGAUAAGAGAGGAUUAAGUGGUAAUGCUGUUGUAACUAACUUUUGUGAGGAGUUGUACAAAAACAAAUGUCGAUCGCCUUACUUGCUGGCAUUUAUUGUGGAUGCUUGUGAUGAGGCAAUAAAAAAAGACGACACUAGUUGCUUCCAUAAUGUUGACCGAGCAAUAGAUCUAUGUCAGGCUUUAGCAGGAAAGUACGACAAGUUUCGGAGUAAAUACUGGAACUACAUGUGUGAAAGGUUUAAGAAAUAUCAAAUUUCAAUGAAACCAUGUUCUGAGAACAACGUAGAUAAUAACGUUACGUAGAGAAGUGUUUUUUAAUUUUUUAAUAGCUAGCAAAAUAAAUAAUAUGACACGACAAGCAUUAACUUAAUUGUGUUCAUUGGCGUCGAUUCAAUCCAACGCAAUCCAAUGUCAAUGCAAUCUCUGACUCUUUGGUUAUCUUGAUGACCUUAAACAUAAUGUUUGUAUCACAAAAUUUUUAAUUUGCAUAAAUUUCACAUCUUUUAAUUGAAUUCUGCUAAUCUUUUUAGUGCUAGCGAAAGAGACAGAUUGCUCUGAUCUUAAGAUUAGUUUGCGUUUGUCUAAAUCUACGCCAAUGUCUAACCAACUGUUUG